AUGUAUGUGUUGGGGCUGUUCACAGAGCUAGGGCUGCGUCAUCUCAAAGGAGUGACAUGUGUACUGUGUCUACUGUUGCUACUGAAGGCGAGUAGAGGUCAGGACGACCACCAUAUAUUUCGACUACACAAUGACAUCAUCAGAAACAACAACCCACUGGUCAGACCAGUCAAGAACAGCAGUGACACUAUCACGGUCUCUUUAGAACUUCAUCUUGUCAGCAUGUCUGAUUUUGAUGACGUUACUCAGACAGUGACAGCUAACGGGUUUUUGUUAGUGUCCUGGAAAGAUGAGUUUCUAACCUGGAAUGCCAGUGAGUAUGGGGGAGUCAGUGAAAUAAAUCCUGACUAUGGCAAGAUUUGGAGACCUUACAUUGCUGUCCGCAACGUGGUGGAUCGCGUUCAGCCUCUGGGACUCGACUUUGGGGUCAUGAAAGUGACAGCCCAAGGAAUUGUGACUUGGGCACCUGGCGAUACCUUCAAGACUUUCUGCCAAAUGGAUGUUACCAACUUUCCUUUGGAUGAACAGGAGUGUGAAUAUAUACUGUUUGCUUGGGGAAGUGAUCUGAAAGAAGUUGAUUUAAGAUCGACUAACAACUCUAUAGGAUUAGGUUUGUUUAACCCCAACAGCCAGUGGGAUAUCACCGACACAUCUGCUUCAAGAAUUGUCUUUGAAAACAGUGGCUCACAUCUUGCUUUUGUAUACUACAAAAUGAUCCUGAAGAGAAAACCAUCUCUGGCGAUACUGACAACUCUCCUGCCUGCCCUGUUGCUGGGGUUAGUCAAUGUGGUGGUGUUCCUCAUUCCUGUGGAGUCUGGCGAGAAGCUGUCCUUUGCCAUCACAGUGUUGCUGUCUUUCACUGUAUCCCUGUCCUUCGUCACUGGACUGCUGCCACAGAAUGGUGACUCGUUACCUAUGUUUACUAUCUUUCUUGUUGGCAUGUUUAUUAUGAGCUCUCUCUACGUGUUCCUGACCAUUUGGAUCGUGCAAGUAUUCCAUCGUGACGCAGCCAUCAGACCUGUUCCGUCGUGGAUGGGACGUAUGACAAGGUCCUGGGAGAGAUGCAUCCUUGGCACUCCUGCUGUUGGUACGGAGAUCCUGUCACUGGACAAGAAGUCGAAUGAAUCAUGGAAUCCACCACCAAUGACUUGGAAGCGGGUCAGCAGAAUGAUGAGCAGGAUUUUCUUCUGUUUGUUUUUUAUACUGUUCAUCAUAGUGACAGUGUGUUUUUUUCUGAAGACAUCUUAUUUUUAAUGUAACGGAAACGAUGAUUAGUAUAUAUAUGACACAAGUAACCGAUGGACACGGAGACAAUACGAUACUAUGGUACUCAUUGAUUUCAGUGUGUUGUCAGUAUUGUCUGCUAACUAACUUAGACAUGUUACUUGCACCCCAUUGGUUGAUCAUCGCAGCUGUACGGCUAAAGUAUCGACAAAUAUACCAUACCUGUGUAUAUUGCUAUUAUCAUUUACUAAAAGAAUUGACAGUUCUAGUCUUGUCUCUUACCGCACUGAUGUACUUUUAAGUCGACUUGUUCCAUUGUCAUUGUAAAUAUUUCUCUGCAUGUAUUCAGGCCAAUGUGUUUUUUGAUUUGUGUGUUGAUAUUUUAUAAAAUGUCAACGAGGUGUUAUAUUUCUACUUAAGUAUUACAGCAUACGUAUGGUAUGGUUGUGUGCACCCCCAGGACAGAGGUUUCUGCAGCUGAUUGUUGAUUGUCCUUUACAACCGGGUAGAAUAACA